AUGAGCGGGGUCGCAGAUCUUACGGAAUUCAUUUUGACAGCGUCAAUCCUCCAACCGAAUUCUUCAAUCGACCAGAUCAAGGAUAUCGUAUCCCAUAUUCCGAUGGCUAGUACUCUACGAAAGAAAUGCGAAUUGGCGAUUGCUUUUAGAGAAGGAAGGCUCACCAAUAUCAUGGCUAUUGGAAAAUCAAUGAUGGGUCUGGAAAUCUCCAAUGGAGAUGAGAAUCUUCCGGUGCAACAGUAUGUCGACUCUCCAAAUCUUUCUAAUGUAAGUCAGAGAAAUUCACUUCAAGAAAAAGAAAAGCGGAUUUGUUUGAGUCAAACAGAACGCAAUUUUGUUUUGGAAAAGAUGAAUGCAAAAGAUGGAGCCCUUUCCAAAGAAGAGAAAAUGGAAAUUGCAACUGCUCUUGGUCAUACCUAUCGUCGUGUGUCUAAUCAUAUCACAAAUGUAAAAGCUAUCCGCAAACGAAAAAUCCGAAAGCAGGAACAGAAAGAGAAAUUGGAUUCAGUUUCGGAAAACAGUUCUCCAAUCGACAAGAUCAAGGAUAUCGUAUCUCAAAUUCCGAUGGCUAGCACUCUUCCAAAGAAAUGUGAAAUGGAAAUUGCUUUUCGAAAGGGAAGACUCACUGACAUCAUGGCCAUUGGAAAAUCGAUGGUGGGUCUUGGAAUCUCCAAUGGAGAUCAGAAUCUUCCGGUGCGACAGAACAUCGCUUCCCCAGUUCUUUCCAACGUUUCUCAAAGAGAUUCACUUCAAGAAAAAGAACAUCGGAUUUGUUUGAGUAACGUCUAUCCCCCAAUUCUGACUCUGGGAGAUUUACUCAAAGAGAAAAAAAAAUACGAAUCGUUUAAGCGUAAGUUUCCCAAUAGAUGCCUAAUUCCCAUUGACAUAUUUCAGUUUUCGGAACGAAGAUACAUUUUGGAAAAGAUGGCUCAAAAAGAUGGAAACCUUUCGAAAGAAGAAAAGGCGGUCAUUGCGAUGGCUCUUGGUCUUACUGAUCGUCGAGUUUCUAGAUAUAUCAAUGAUGUGAAAGGUGCCCGCAAGCGAAAAAUUCAAAGGCAGGAGCAGAAGGAAAACCUGGAUUCAAUUGUGGAGAACAGUUUGGACUACGACGCAUCUUACUGA